AUGAUGCCCACGGUACAGCAACCGAGCGAUGUAAACACGGGCCAUAGAAAACCGACGACCGAUAUAAGCGAAUUCCUAAUUGUCACACCGCAGGAUGGGAAUAGACUUCAAGUCACUGAAAUCAAAAACGGACAAGGAAUUCAAAUUCACACAAAUACUACGAUAGCAGAUGGAAAACGCAAACCCUAA